GGCCGUGUUGCUUCUUCUGUAUUCUUUAUUUUCGAUAAAAGUUACUUUGAAAAUGUCCGCAUGUUACUGUUUUUGUCGACUCGUUUUUUCCGCGUCACUAUGAAUCUUGCUGGAGAUGCUUGUUUCAAUAGUCCUCCCAGGUUUAUUCCGUCAUGUUCUCAUAGUCUGCGAAGGUUUUAUGGUGUUGCUCAACACAUGCAAGGCUUUUUUAUCUUAGCGAUAUUCUGCGUUACUUUCUUAGGAUUCUUCCCAAUGAUGGCUGCCAUUAUUCACGAUCAACCCGUUCUUCGCUUCCGCAAGGUCUCUAAUCUCGCUUACACCCCAACUCGUGGAUCUGAGUUAGCAGCCGGUUACGACCUUUACAGUUCCGUUGACUGUGUGGUCAAAGUUGGGGGUCGGACACUAAUUAACACGGAUAUACAGAUUGCUUUGCCUCCCGGAUGCUAUGGUCGGAUAGCUCCCCGUAGCGGACUGGCUUUGAAGCACGGAAUCGACGUAGGUGCUGGAGUUGUUGAUCCAGACUACCGCGGUAAUAUUAUGGUGGUUCUCUUCAACUUUGGCGACGAAGAUUUUUACGUCAGACGUGGUGAUCGCAUCGCUCAACUCAUAUGUGAGCGUAUCUUCACACCCUCCCUAGAGGAAUGCCACACUUUGGACGAAACAAGGCGUGGUUCCAGUGGUUACGGCUCCACCGGGAUGUGA